UCGACGGGUUGUAGGGCAUUAAAACCUCCAUGUAUCCUCUAUCCUUCCUCGGUCGAUCAGGUGGUUGCCAUUCUGAAAAUCCUCGGGGAGAAAAAUGAGACGUUCGUUGUCAAGUCGGGUGGACACAAUCCGAAUCAGCACUUCGCAAGCAUUGAUGGAGGCCCCCUAAUAUCUACCAAGAGAUUGAACGAAGUAAUUUUUGAUUCAGCCUCGAUGGCCGUACGCGUGGGAUCCGGAAAUCGUUGGGAAGAUGUCUACGAAGUUUUAAAAGACACUAGCGUCACGGUCGUUGGGGGAUACGUCGUUGGUGGGAGUUUGAGCUUCUUGUCAACCCAGUACGGGUGGGCGGCAAAUAGCAUUGUCGAAUUCAAGGUUGUUUUAGCAAAUUCGAAAGAGGCCACAGCCUCAAACACGUCUCACUCGGAUCUCUUUCAUGCGCUGAAGGGUGGGGGCAGCAAUUACGGGGUCGUCACUGCCUACACUAUGAUUGUGCACCCGCAAGGAGAGAUCUGGGGCGGAAACAUGGUGUUCACCGGUGAGAAAGCUUCUGAAAUGUUAGCAGCAGUGCGAGAUUUUACUGAAUAUUAUCCUGAUGAGAAAGCUGGGAUCAUAAUGACCGCUGGGAUAACUGCGCUUGGGGCUUUUGACUUAUGGAUCAUGUUCUUGUUUUACGAUGGCCCAAUUCCCCCAGAGGAUGUUUUCAAGAACUUCGCCAACAUUGGCCCAUUCGUCAACAAUUGCGCGACACGCAGCUACUAUGACUUGCUAUCUUCCAACAACUGGGCUGAAGUGAAGGGAUCCGUCUACACGACCGCGACAGAGACGAUAAGUUUGCCAAAUGCUACUGUAGGCCCGGAGGUAAUGGGAGCGUACUACGAACACUGGCGAAACACAAUGGAAUCGGUCGUUGGAGUAUCUGGUGUAAUUGGAUCUGUUGCCCUCCAGCCUAUGCCUAAACUCAUUGCUCGAAAAGCCAAGGAGCUCGGCGGCGAUAUGUUGGAUCUCGAUGAUAGCGUGGACCGCAUCAUAAUGGAGUUUGAUUACUCAUACUUGCUAUCUGAUGACGACGCGACAAUGGAAGAUGCCACCCAGCGCCUGUAUGAGGGAAUGAGAGAACUCAUCUUGGGGUUUACAGAGAGCGGUUACUUGCCAGAGGUCUACCUUCCACUCUUCAUGAACGAUGGGUACUUCAGACAGGACUAUUUCGGGCGACUGUCCAUAGUUGAUUAUGCGCCGACCGUUCAAGACAAGUACGAUCCGGAUGGCUUUUUCGGAGAGAACUGGUGGAUUCAAGAUGCGAUGUUGGACACUGCCAGGGAUAAUUUUGGUCCUGUCGUCAUGCUGUCAUUUAUCGAUUGUCGCGUUCGGAUGCCGAUGUUGGGGCUGCGAAGGGGGCUAUGUGACGACGGGAGGCUGCAGGAGCACGAGCAGGCGUUGUGGUGA